AUGGGGCAGGACCACGUCCACCUCCAAGUGAUCUCCAGAUCAGGUACUCGCAAAGAGAGGCAAAAUGCGCUGAAAGUUCUAGGCGUGUUGCAGAGGGGAAGGCACUGGGUGUUGGUUUCAUUAUUAUUGGGCAACGUCAUCACGAACGAGGCACUCCCGAUUGUAUUGGACCGAGAAGUGAAAGGGGGGUGGUUUGCAGUUCUCACCUCAGCCCUUCUAAUCGUUAUUUUUGGAGAGAUCAUCCCCCAGAGCAUAUGUGCCAAAUACGGACUUUCCGUUGGUUCUUGGGCGUCGAGAUACGUCUUGUGGCUAAUGUACGGUCUUUUCCCUAUUGCGUUCCCUAUUGCCAAGCUUCUCGAUCUAUUGCUCGGCCGCAACCACGGCAUGGUCUUCGGUCGAUUGGGAUUGAAAACGCUCUUAAUGUUUCACGAGGGUCUUCAUCACUCAGCCCGAGAGCGUUUGACUGUCGACGAAAUCAGCCUCUUGUCAUCCGCACUUGAUUUCAACGGUGUUCGAGUUUCAUCGGUGAUGACACCAAUUUCCAAGGUUUUCAGCUUAAGUUCUGACGCCUUUCUGAACGAUAUGACAAGAUAUAAUAUUUUGAAAUCCGGCUACAGCAAUAUUCCUAUCCACUUGCAUACUCAACCAAAUACGGAGACAGCGUCGCUUGUUUCAACAAGCCUCGAGGAAGAAGUAGCCAUAGGGCAGAUCUCGCUGGAGAGCUUGCCAGUUGUUUCUUCGACUGAAACUUGCCUCGAAGUUCUGAAUGUCUUCAAAGAGAGAAAAGCUCAGGUGGUGUUGGUGAUUGAACAAGGCACAGCGCUGCCCCUGGGAAUCGUGACAGCCAGAGACAUCUUCGAAGAACUAAUCGGAGAGUAA